AUUUAGUAUAAUCCACAAAAUGGAGAUUAUCCAAAUGUAGGCCACGUUUCUUAAAAUAGCAAACAAAAGAUUAUUACUUACUAAAGUUAUUUUUAUAUGAUAACUUCGUUGUAAUUAUUGUUACGUAUUUUAGUACCUAUAACUAUUACUUAAUAAAUUGUAUUAGAUAUGUGUUCAUUUAUAUACUAUAUGUAUUACUUAUUACAAUUAUUUUGAAAUACUCGGCCCAAAUGUAAUUGGCUGUGCUUUUACUAAUUACGAAACUUAACCCCGUCGAUAUUAGGAUAAAUUUAAAUAACGACGUUUAAAAAAGUAUUAACUAAUGAUAAAAUUUAUUCCUUAAUUACUGGUAAAAGAUCCAGCGUAUGGGUGCCAAAAGAACCCCAAUUGAAAAUGUAAUUAAAUAUGUAGCUUGCAUACUUCGAAUCCAGUUUCUAUGUCAUAAAAUUUAAAUACUAAGUUUUACUUCUUAAAUACCAAAUAAAAUUGGUUUUUAUUUUCCUUUUCUACAAAAUUAAAAAUACAACAUGGAGUCUGUUUAUUAAAAAACAGUUCAAAUUAUGAUCGGCAGUUUGCCUUAGAUCAAAAACCCUAUUCGCCAAAACAAAUGUCGUAUUAUACCGCAAAUCAUAAAUUCAUUUUUUAAAGAGAUUGUUUUUUAAAUUUCGAAAUAGAUUGGGGUACAUUGACUUAUAGAAUUGAUUUGAACAAAUAGUUACUUACUAGGUUAAGGUGAUCUUUAAUAAACCAAUAAAUCAGGUCUAUGGCUACCUCUAAAAAUUGAAAUAUGUACUUUAAAUCUUCUAUAUGCAGAUAGCAUUUUAAAUCAAUCUUAAAAUAGUAAAACAGGUAUUUUACAUGACAAAACAAAUAAUAUUAGAAAUAGAGAUAGCAUAUUACGCUCCUUAAUAUAAUUAUACAUAACUGUAUUAUCAUACUCACUGAAAACGUGUAUUUAAUUGAAAUUGCGGGUAUCCAGAUUUUUAUAUAAUAAAAUACUGUUUUUAAAUAUAUAGAUAUAUUUAUAGAUGGUUUAACCAUAGCUACUUUUUAUGCCAUAUUAAUUUUCUUCAUAUGGACAGAGCACUGUAUAUAAACAAGCUGGCCUGUUUAUUUAGAUGCCAAUAGCAACUUAAUUUAACAUGUUGAACGCCAUGGGCGAUAACAUGUGGGCCACCCUAGUGGAUUAGCCCUCAACUGUAAUCUGUUGGCAGUCAAUGACUUAAAAGCAAAGCAAAAUAAAUCACCACUUCCUGAUAUACUGUUGUACCAUUUUCCAGUGUUCUCAAAAUUGUUGUACUAGUACAGAUUCAUUCAAAUGUUACUGAAAUCAGCCAUCAGAAUAAAUUUUAAUUUAAACUAUAUCAGGUUGUGGUGCUAAAGUAAAAUGAAAGACUGUAGUAGCAAUUUUUAACUGUAUAUUUGUUUUAAACUGUUAUAUUUUACAUAAAUGAAAUACUGUUUAAGACAUUGAACAAUAUGGAAUGUGAAUUGAUAAAUUUUACAUUUAUUUGUUACAUACAUAAUGUACAGUCCAUUGGCUUAUAUGAAUACCUAACAAUUUAUUUAAUGAUUAAAUGUUUUAAUUACUUAAAAACUUGGUUGUUAUUUUAAUAUUCUUUAUGCUUAAUUUUUAAUUAAUUUUUUUAAUUAAUUAUAUUAUGCUUCUGUUACUUUUUGUACAGACUUAUUAGGAUAAAAUUAAAUUACAAUCCUAGCAUUUAAAAAACAUUACAAUAUAGUAAAAUAAAUGCAUUUAAUUAAUGCAAAUAAUAUGUAUAUUAAUGUAUUAUUCUUAACAUUAAUUUGGCCCAAUGAAAGAUUAUGAAAUGAAAGAUUAACACCAGUAUUUUAUUUUAAUUAUUUUGACUUAAAACUUUAUUGACAGAAAUUAAAUGUAUGUUUCUUUUUAUUAUAUAUUUACAUUAAACUAUGUUUGUUUGUACCUUAUUAAAUGUAAUGAAUUGCAAUAAUAUAUUAAGAGGGAAAUUAUUGUUUUUUUUUUUCGUUUUUCCUUCCCACUACAAUUUCAAUGAAAAACUGAAAGUAUGAAGGUUUAUGGAUUACUUAUUAUAUUUUAACACCUAAUAUUUUUAGAUACACAAUGACAGUUAAUGAGACUAUCAUGUGAAUAUUUAGUAUUAUAAAAGUAAUAUAACUAGGCAUUAACAAAGUUCUAAUUGAUAAAUUCACAGCCCCUGUUAAGAGGUUUGCUAUCAAAAAGUAUGAUAAUCCAUUUGUAUUUAUUUGAGAUAGAAUUACAGGCACUUUGAAAGUGUUCCCUUUGCUUUCAACCAGUACAGUAAUAAAAUAUAAAAAUGCCGUCAUAGUGAUCAAAAGAGUAUUUAUAUAAAUGCAAUAACCUGCAUUUGCCAAAGUCCUAGAUGCAGGUCGAAUCACAUGUACAAAAUGUGUCAAAGACCACAUUAAUACUGUUCCUAAUAUUAACUUUAAUUGUAUUUCAUAUCUUCUGGCAUUUUUAUUUAGUAAUAUUUUUUUUAUACAAACACCAAAUAGGUAGAUGGAUACAUAACCCAGGCAAGAAGAAAUUCCUUCUCGGUUAGCUGAUAUGAUGGAAUCUCUGGGAGUGUCACCAAAUACCCAGUCUUGAAGACCAAGAUAUAGAGCAAGUUCAUGAAGAACUAAUGAUAGAAUACAGAGUAAUAGUGCAUUGUCAGAAAAACAUAAAACAAAUGUUGAAAGAACUUUACAAACAGCUAUUGUGAAGAAAAAGUUCCAAUGCACACCAUACUCAGUUACAUGUUCCUGAUAAUUUAGUUGUUUCACAGAUACAUAUCUUCCUACACCAAGUAUUACUAAUAUAGAUAUUAUUUUCAAGUUUCCCUUCACUAUCUCUCCGAGUUUUUGAGACUGCAAGUCUUUAUGUACAACCCCACUCAUUAUAACAAAUAAGCCUACACCAGUAUCCAUCAAACUGUACCCAAAUCUUUCUGUUUUCGCUAAAUAUCUAGGGAAAUCUUGAAAAUCCACAGCUAAGAUACACAAUCCUGUUAUGAGGUAUGUUAGUCCUCUAAGACAAGAUAUCAAAGCUAUCCUAUUGUUAGGGAAUACAUUUUUCUGCAUGAAUUUUUUUACUAUAUUUUGGUAGUAUAACAAAAGAUUUAUUAAAAGUAUUAUAAAAGCGAUUAGGUUUAACACGUAAAUGUAUUCCGCUAGUAAAGUGUGUGCUAUAAUCAUGGGUAGAACCAUGACCAGGUAUUCAUAGGCGAAUUGACAGCAUCGCGGAAAUUUGGAUUUGAUAGCUAAAUAUGCGGCACAUUGCACAGUGAAGAAUAUACAGGCACAGGUGUGGACUGCUGUGGAACCAUGGUUGUUCUGCAUGAAGGAUUCAUGAUACUUCUUGUAUUCUGAAGCAUUCAUUGUACUUUACACUGAAAUAUCAACUGAUAAGCUUAUCUUUUCAAUAUCAAUGCUCGCUCAAUGAAUUCACAUUUAUCACUGCCAGUUCAACUAGGUAGUUGUUCUAAUUUCAAACAUAAUUUUA